AUGAAGCUAUUCGUGGUACCAGUUUUAUUUGCAUCAUCUGCAUUUGCUGCUUUCUCUAACGUCACAUCCAGUUCUAUUCCAGUGGUGACCUCAGUUGCCCCAUCUUCCUCUUCCGAAGCUCCAGCUUCCAAUGGCACGGCAGACUCUACAGUCUGGACUACCGAGGUGGACACUGUCACCGCUUUGACAACUUACUGUCCACUUCCAACCACGAUCACCACCAACGGUAAGACGUACACUGUCUCUGAGGCUACCACUUUGACAAUCACUGACUGUCCAUGUGAAGUUACUAAGUCUUCGCCUGUUGGUCCAGUCAGUCCAGAAUCUACUGUCUGGACUACUGAAGUUGAAACUGUCACAGAAUUGACCACUUACUGUCCACUUCCAACCACGAUCACCACCAACGGUAAGACAUACACUGUCUCUGAGGCUACCACUUUGACAAUCACUGACUGUCCAUGUGAAGUUACCAAGACUUCUCCUGUUCCACCAGCUACUGAGUCUUCCAAGUCCACCCCACCUGCUGAAACCCCAAAGACUUCUACUGGUGCUCCAAAAGAAAGUGUCGCGACUGUAGUUAAACCAUCUUCCUCUGCUUCCUCUGCUACUAUCGAAACAUUUAAUAACGCAGGAAACAGAGUUACAGCUGGUUUAACAGGAAUGUUGUCAUUCUUGGCCUUCCUAUUAUAA